CUGGUUCCUAACAUUUAUGAGUAACUGUAAAUUUGUAGGUUGCAAAAACAUAAAUAACGACAAUAAAAGCCAAAAGAAUUCCAUUUUCAAAUACAAAAACAAAUAAAAGCAAAUGUAAUUUUUAUCAACACAAAACCAUAUUCAGUGAGUUUCGUUCCAAUCCAAUGAAUUUAUUUCGGUCGAACUCGAAGUUUGUCUGUCUGACAGCAGUGCUUUGUUUACGAAAACUGUUUGCAUUGAUUUAUCGUUAUUAAUUUAACAAGCGGAAAUUAAUAUCAUAGUAUUAAAAUGUGUAAAAAUCAUUUAGUUUUAUCAUUAUACAUAAUAUAUUUGAAAAUUCUAAUAAAAACAUAGAGUUAUCUAUUUACCGUGCCAAAAUAUUAAAUAAUUAAUAAAAGAAUGACAGUGCACUACGCUGCACUGAUAACAUGCUUUAUAAAUGUUGCAUAUUACGUUCCAUUACGACAAAACACAUUAAAAAUGUUAUCAUUUAUUUUGGUAUAAAACCGCUAAAUAUGUGCAAUUGCACAUUAUUUGAUUUAAUUAGUCCAUCUUUGUUCAUUAUUUGCUUAUUUCGAAUAAAAAUGAAUUUUGAAAUAAUAAUCACUGAAUAAACAAAGAAGAUAAAUUAAGUGGAAAAAGAUUAAUAUUAUAAUACUCAUGGAAGUGUAGCGAUUUUUAUUAAUUUAAAUCAAAGGUGAUUGCAUUUCCUCAUUUUGAGUUUUUGAGGUCAUUUGAAUCUGAGAUUUCAACACAAUCACGAUUUUACCCGAAGGGUAACCGAACGGGACCGAACGUCACACGAAACGGAAAGAAAGAAAGAAGGGCGAUGUUGCACUAGCGAAGAAAGACAGCUGUCGUUUCGUUUUCAGCUGAUUUUUGUGUACGACAGCGAACACAGCAAAAUUCACUAACGUUCUUAGGUUUUCGUACCAUCUCAAGUCCCAGAAACGAGUCGAGGCAGCGUAUUCAAGGACAUCGAAUCUUACGGGAAGAACAACGGAGAAGCAUCAUUCUGCAGUGACGAACAAAGAGAGAUGGUUCAUUGAGUGCGGACUGUGCGUAGCGGGCUGCCGUGACGUCACGAGGCCGCAGCGUCGAGGCCGAUGCGGCGGGCGAGCUCGUGAUCUCGGCGCUCCGAGGAGCGCGGCGAGGACGAGGAGCGGAGCGGGCCAGCCUGGCCUCCACUGACUCGGGGUCGGGGGACGAGGGCGCAGGCCACCGGCCGCCGCGUAAGCGGACCCGCAGGCUGUCGCCGCCCGCCCAGCCCGCGGCCAUGCACCAGCCUCACGCGCCGUGCGCCAACGGCGCGCCGCCCCUCCACAUCAAUGGCGAUACGCCCGCCAGCAACGGCGACGUCCAGCCGCCGGGGGUGCGAAUGAGCCAGACCGACCAGGAGAUUGUGAGACUCAUCGGACAGCACCUCAUCUCUGUUGGACUCGAACGCAGCGCCGCAUUGCUGAUGGAGGAGUCGGGUCUGCACCUAGAGCACCCAGCGGCGGCCACGUUCCGGCAGCACGUGCUGGCCGGCGACUGGGUGAAGGCCGACCACGAUCUGCGUGCGCUGCACGACCUGCUGCGUGACUCGCACCACCUGGAGCCUCAGAAUCUGGCCGAAAUGAAGUUCGUGGUGCUGGAGCAAAAGUACCUGGAGCACCUGGAGGCGGGGCGGGCGCUGGACGCGCUGCACGUUCUGCGCAACGAGCUCACGCCGCUGCAGCAUGACACCGCGCGCGUGCACCGCCUGUCCGCGCUCAUGAUGUGCGCCGACGCUGCAGAGCUCCGCGCGCGGGCGCAGUGGGCGGGCGGCGCGGCACGACACUCUGUACUGGCGCGCGUGCAGCACGCCCUGCCGCCCGCCCUCAUGAUGCCGCCCGCCCGCCUGCGCGCGCUGCUGGCGCAGGCCGCCGCCCACCAGGCGGCGCGUUGCCGCUUCCACGCGGAGCCGCGGGGCGAGCCGCGGCCCGACCACGUGCCCUUCACGCUGCUGGCCGACCACCACUGCUCCGCCGACCGGUUCCCCAUACACUCGCUGCAGGUUCUGAACGAGCAUUGCGACGAAGUGUGGUACUGCAAAUGGUCUCCGGACGGCUCCAAACUGGCCUCAGGGUCCAAGGACAACACCGUCAUGAUAUGGGACUACGACCCGGUCGCCAAACGACUCUCCUUCAGGAAAUCGUUAGAAGGUCAUUCGUACGGCGUAUCUUUCGUGAGCUGGAGCCCCGACGGGCGCUACCUGCUGUGCGCCGGGCCUGAGGACUGUCCAGACCUGUGGAUAUGGAACAUGCAGACGGAGACACUGCACCUAAAAAUGUCCCAUUCUCAAGAAGACUCCCUGACAGCGGCCGCGUGGCAUUCUUCUGGCGACAAAUUCGUAUGUGGCGGCGCCCGGGGACAGUUCUACCACUGCUCCAUAGACGGCGCCCUGCUGAACAGCUGGGAAGGCGUCCGCGUGAAUGCGCUAGUAUGCCGCGGCGACGGGCGCACCGUACUGGCGGCCGACUCGCAUUACCGCGUGCGCGCGUACGACUUCCACGACCUCACCGACCGGAACCUCGUCCAAGAGGAGCACGCAGUGAUGGCGAUGACCCUGAACGCGGCGGACUCCCUGGUGCUGCUCAACGUGGCCAACCAGGGCGUGCACAUGUGGGACGUGAGGGCCCGCGCCCUCGUGCGGCGCUUCCGGGGACUGUCCCAGGGGCACUUCACCAUACACGCGGCCUUCGGCGGCGCGCACCAAGACUUCAUCGCGUCGGGCAGCGAGGACAACAAGGUGCUGUAUCUAAACAUGCGCGCGCGGCGCUUCCGGGGACUGUCCCAGGGGCACUUCACCAUACACGCGGCCUUCGGCGGCGCGCACCAAGACUUCAUCGCGUCGGGCAGCGAGGACAACAAGGUAUACAUCUGGCACAUAAACGGCGAGGAGCCCAUAGCGGUGAUGUCGGGGCACACCCGGUGCGUCAAUGCGGUAUCCUGGAACCCGGUGCAUCACGACGUGCUGGUGUCCGCCUCCGACGACUACUCGCUGCGCCUCUGGGGCCCGCGCGCCACGCAGCCUUAGUCACCCGACCGCACCCGACGAUAUCCGACCACACCCGACAAUACCCGACCCGACCCGACCCGCCUCUACGACCAGCGUCCGUAAUUAUGAUUUCAAACUCUCUUUACUGUGACUACGUUCGUACUUUGGUUAAGCUUUCCGGGUUUUCAAGAUUUACACCUCCUGCAGCAUUGAGUCCUUUGAAGAAUUUUCGACUUGGAAUUCGUUUAGUCCCACUUGCAGUAAACUUGCUAAAGCUAGAUUUAUUGAAAACUACAUUUGACCCGCUUUGAUUUGACAUUAUUGUAUGGCUUAAAUCUGGUUUGUUUUUUUUUGUUUAGAGGCUUUCAUUCUAUGAAUAGCCAGCCUCGUCGUACCCUAACCGAAACAUACAUAACUAAUUUAAUUUAAAACAUUGGAGAGGGCGAGCUAUUCUUACUAGCGAAAACCAUAUGAAUCGAGAUUUAGCGAAAUUGUGGCGAGUGGAUCUUAACAAACUUGUGAGAAUGUAAGGGCUUUGGCGCAUGCGCAAAGUUCUCGCAUCAGUGUUGCCACCUAGCGCCCUAUAUUUAUUAUCCCGCUAAUGUCAAUAAAGAUUACCUAAUAUUGGAAACCGAUUACGGAACUUUGCAGUUUCAUAAUAUGGUCUGAAAUGAAGCUGUGUUUAAAGUUUUAAUUAAUUACGUUGUUAUAUGGCAUAAAGACCCAGUGUGUUGUGAAAUAACAAGCUUUGGUUAUUUGACAAAUGUUAAAAAUUCCAGUAAUCGAUGUUAGAGUUUUAUAUUUAGAUUGCAUGUCACAGAAUUUGUGUAUUGGUUAGGUGUCUACGAAUUUGACCCUGACAGUUUUGGCCAUAGACAGCGAUAUUUACCGAAUCGAAAAUUGUUUCCGAACAUCUGUAACUAAAAGCUCUUUUCCAGUACUGCGAGUUUUGUUAUAGAAAACUACGGUCGUCCUGUUUUGUCUCUAUAUGUUUCAUGGGCGCCCCUGUGAAAUAUAUGGAAGGAAUCUGUGUAAUCCCAAAUCUCGUUUGAACUGCGAAGAUGAGCUGCGCUAUAGUUUGAGCUCUUCGUCGACCUUGGACGUCCGUAAACAGAACAUUGCGUAAAUUCUAAAUAUUUUUCGAGUUCACUCCUUAAGAAUCGAUUUGCAUAUAUAAGGGGCCCGGUAUGAGAAAAAUGUGAGGAGUAAAAUCUAUCUAUGAAUGACCUCGUUAUGUUUUUGGUGCGCGUCCUAUGUCGCGCAACCUUUGACAAACAAAGAUGACGGAUUGACAUUAAUAUUUUUUUUUUUUAUAUUCUCUUGAGAUUCUGUUUCACUUUUGAACUUUAAUAGCGAAACUAUAACAAUCCAACCGGAAACCGUGAAAAACAUUUUAAUUCAUCAAAGUUAGACAAGUGCUUCGAAAGACGGACAGUCGUUUACAGACGUUCAGGGUAGCCAAGAAGCUCUCUAAAAGUACCUGUGCCCAUCCGAACCGUCCGAAUUAUGAAAGUGUUUAAUUUAUAUACUCGCACAGUGUUUUAUGGAACCAAAAAAAUUUACAUGUUCAGGUUUUUACAUAAAUAGAUUAUUUAUACCCUAAAAAAGGCAUGAGUUCAAUUCCCAGAAGUCUAACUCGAAUACUUUUUGAGAAAAAAAAUCAUGAACUUAUCGUGACCUUUGACCUAUGAAAUCUAGAAUAUUUUUUUAUAAAGUGAAUAUUAACAAUAUAUUUUUUUAAUAAAUAUGUGUCAAUCGGGCAUAAUCAGAGGCGUAUAAACGCGUUUCUUUAGCUUAAAAAAAUGCAUUGGUUUGGGAGCAGCAAUUUUUUUUUGUAUUUCUAUUUAUUGUUUUUUCUCCCUAAAAACGAAAAAGUGGAACCUAGAACUUCGAUAGGAAUAAACCUAUGGAUGUGGUCUUUCAUACAUAAAUAAGCCACGUGUCACUUUUGCGGCGAUUAGAAGAUAUUCAUUUUUAAAUUUUUAUGCUAGGGUUGACACCGAACCUGACCUCGAACGAAAAUUUUUAAAAUAUAAAUUUGUGUAUUAGUUUUGAACGAGUUUACAAUAAUGUAGAUUUUAGGAACUUACUACAGUACCUUUAACAUAUUUUUAUGGGCUCCAAGCUCUAUUUGCAAAAAAGGAACGCUUAUGGUGAUUCCCAGUCAAGGCGGAAGUCAUUAUAAUGAAUAUCGAUUUUCGUUUUCGGGUCUGAGUAUUAACUAUUAAUUGUUUGUUUUGUGUGUGUUUUGGAGACCCAAUUAGACACAAGUUCAUGCCUGCUUACCUCUACGUUUUUUUUUGUAACAAUAAUAGUUACACCUACUAACUGAUUUAUGCCCAAGAUUUGUUUUUAUUUUCUGAUCGAAUGCCUGAAUGAUUCUGAAUGAAUUUUGAAAUUUUUUUCAAGCAACAUAGUUCAUUUUUUCGUUACCGUUUAGCGUGUAAGGUACAAAGUUAAAAUGUGGUCGAACAAACAUAAAGUAUUCCUACAUUAUCACAUCUACAUUAGGUAGGUACCUAGUAUAUGUAAGUAUAUUAUAUUCGUCCACAAGUGUUGUUUAUUUAUUCAAUUGAUUGACGGUAUUAAUUAACAAACAAAAAAAUUAACAUUUUCAUUUAACUCAUAGUUGACCUUUGUGACAAUCCUAGAUCAUGAAAGUUGACCUUUAUCUAAAUUCUGUCAUAACUUCUUAAAACCGCAAAAGUGAAACCUGAUUUUUUUAUGGGUGAUAGAACUUGGCUUAUAGAACCUUUCUAUACUAAAUCCAGGUUCCACUUUUGCCGAUAUUUGGAGAAAAAAAAUUAAAAAUCGAAAUUUAAAAAAAAAAUAUUUCUCGGAAACUAGGACACUUAUAAAUAAAAUAAAAUUGCAAAAUUAUGCCUUCAAUAAUUCCUUAUCAAGUGGCAAAUAUCUCAUGUACAGAUAUGGAACCGUCUUUUGAGGAAAUUAAAUUGUUAAUUUUUUCAUGCUCAAAUUUCAAAAACUUUGCUACUUCAUAUCUUUUUUUUUACUGGAAAUAGUGAUCUGAGAAUUGAACUCUUGCCUUUAUUAGGGUAUAAAUAAUUGAUUUAUGCAAAAAUCUUAAGGUGUAAAUUUUUUUGGUUCCAUAAAACACUGUGACUCGUAACUAUCGCCAUUUGCAUAUAAAUAACAAAAAAAUGUUUUAUAUGGAUGACUUUAUUAUUGCCGAUUUUCUGACUACCGUCAAAAUUCGAUGAAAACUUCUCGUGACGCGAUCAUCAUCAUCCUAUCCCUACUGCUGGGGCACAGGCCUUGCCCAUAGAUGGAAUAGGAAGAUUGGGCCAUGACCCACCAUGCGGGCCCAGAGCGGAAUGGCGGGUUCUUACAACUGACGCGAUAUUUAUAUCAAAUAUAUUGACGGUUUGGAGGGUAGUCGUACUGUCUCGACGUUUAACGUUUUAAGGGCCCAAAUCAGUACUGCAAUGAAACUAGAACAUUUUAUGUUAUAGAUGACGAAUAUUAUAUUUUGUUAGCUACGUUAGUUUGGGUGAAAGGUAAAUCGAACGAUCAUGUAAAUUCGCAGUCGACCACAAGGCGUUCGCGCGAGGUCCAGACUGCGAAAUAUAUUUUAGACUGUUAAUAAUGUACUGAUAAUACGAGACGAUAUAUGACGAGUCAGUUUUUUUAUUUUUUUCAAUUAUGGAUGGAAAAUGUUUAUGUAUUUAUAUGUAAAACUGUAACGAUACAAUUUUAAAAUGUUGUGAGCUAUCAGAAUAUAGAUUUUAUCGUGUGUGUUAGGGGUUUCGAAUUCGGAUGAAAAAACAAAAACGCUGACCAGACUAUUUAAAUUUAAUGUAUAGGGUUAGUCAAGUAUUUAUGGUGGGAACUUAAUUCUCACCUUAUGUAGCCUUCGAGGGAGUAUCUCUAUAUGGACGAACGGACGGACGGACGUAGUAGGGCGGGCAGGUCGCAGCGCGGGCCGACUAUAUAAAGUCAAAACGGUCGUCAUAUUGCCCAGUACGACUUUUGAUGGUAUUCGUAAACUUUAAACUCUGACGUUUUAGCUCCGCGCGUUUCCAAUACUGCCCGCUAGGGGCGCCACUGUGCAAUGUAAUGGACAAAAACGGCACAAUUUAACCGAAUACUUACAAAUCUCGUGCCAAAUACUCAGAUUAUAUUUUCAUACAGAAACGUAACGAUUUAAUGACGUGAUAUUCGCUUAACCGCGUACCGACGCUGCCGUUUAUGACACGUGUGUUAUUAAUAAAUUGUUGUCGAACAUAAGACGAAAGGUUGUUUCAAACUGUAACGAACAUAUCCGUACAAUUUGUUUUUACUUCACCGUUAGCUGCUUUGAGUGUUCCGACAAGCUGAAUAGAUAUUUAUUAGUGUUUUUGUAAAGGGGCCGUCCAUAAAUUACUUGAGGUGAUUUUUUGGAUUUUCUGUCCCUCCCUCCCAGAUGUCGUGAGAUUUUAUUCAACCCCCUCCCCCAUCCCCCAAUCUCACGUGAGAUUUUUCAAAAUGUGGUUUUCUUUCGUAAACGCCUUGGAUUGUUAUUGUAAAAAGAAAAGAAAAAAUGCUUCGUGCUUUUAUUUACGACUAGUUAAGACUAGUAAUCAAUAUUGCUGAGAGUUACAAGUGUAAUAAAAAUUUAACAAUAGAAUACUUAAUAGAUACUACUGUGAAAAAAAAAUGCGUGAUAUUUGCCGAGACCCCCCCUCUCUCCAACGUAAGAUUAGAUGAGAUUUGACUGUGAAAAAGAAUUGCGUGAUAUUUGCCGAGACCCCCCCCCCCCCCCUCUCUCCAACGUAAGAUUAGAUGAGAUUUGACUGUGAAAAAAUAUUGCGUGAUAUUUGCCGAGACCCCCCGUCUCUCCAACGUAAGAUUAGAUGAGAUUUGACUCGACCCCCUCCUCCCCUUAAACAUCUCACGUAAUCUAUGGACGCCCCCAAACUCCCACUUUGUUCGGCUAGCUAGGUUCAUAAUAUGCAAACUAAUAAUGUGUGUUUCGUUAACUCCGGCCAGUAAGUGUGAUGCAGCUCGUAUAAUUAUAAUAUUGACAAUGUUUAUAGAAACACCGAUCGCUCAACUUGACUAUUGUAUUGGUUUGUUGUAGAAUAAGCGACUCUGUUGUAUUAAGUAAACGGCACUAUGGCACUUGUCUUACCUCUGACGUUUGAGCGACGAGCUGUAGAUUUUUUUUAUUCCUUAACAGUGCAACCUUAAUAUAACGUACCUCAAUGUAACAAAUUCUUCGUAAUCCCCUUGAAUUUUCCUUUACAUAUAACAUUUACUACCUACUACACACUCACAAAUAUACCUUUACAUUGCGAACAUUUUUUGCGAACAACCUCUUUAUAACAAAUUUUCAACUAUCAAAAAACAACAACAAAAAAAAGAGAAAAUACCUCUAACUUACGAAAUUUGUCAACCUAAAACCUCUAUAUAACGUUUUCAUCAAUACAGGGUGUUACAAAAACUUGAAGGGCGAUGAAGUACAUCAUAUAAGGAGUCUUCUCUAAUUUUCUUAAAAUAUUUGAAUGAAGUUUUAACCUUAAAAAAAAAUACAGUUAUUUUUAAUGAUCCUCGAACUAGUGAUGUGUCUUAAAAAGAUCGAUAUUUUUUUAAUCAUUAAAAACAACUGUUUUUAUAAAAAGUUAAAACUUAUUGCAAAAAUUUUAAGAAAAUUAGAGAUGAUUCCUUAUAUGAUGUACUUCAACACCUUUUAAGCUUUAUUUGUAUUUUUGUAACACCCUGUAUAUGACCCUCAAUCCCAUAGAACGUGAUUCAUGUCAGGCAAGGAAACUAUUUUUUACCCCUUUAUGACAAAUUUUAUACCAACCUAACCUCAAUAUAACAAAUCUCAGUUCAAACAAUUACUCGAUAUAACGAAUAUUUACUUGUUCCCUUCCAAUUUGUUAUAUCGAGGUUGCACUGUUAUACAAAGUUCAAUUCAAUUCAAUUUAUUGCACUCAUGUGGUUACAUAGAUGGUUACAAAAUGCUUAUAGUACCUAACAUGAACCCUGUCAGGGUAUCGCAAUAUACAGUCUUAAAGAUAAAAAAUACAAAAGAAUUUUAUUAAUAAAUUGUAUAUGAAGAACCUAAUUUGUAUUAAACCACUUUAUAUCUCAAAUCAUGCAUAAAUGUCAUCUGAUUCCAAUAUCAGUUGAUCGCGGCAUGCAAACGGGCUAUAAGCAUAACUGCGUUUGAAUUGUCUCAAUAUUUUUCCUUUCUUCCUGUUUGUCAAAUGUUUCUAGCUCUUUCUCUCUCAAACUUGUUAUUGGCCUCAUUUGAGUCUACUGCUCUACUGUCGCUUAUCGUCGACGUUGUGACAGGUGCCUCCCGCGUAGGUUCAUUAAAAGAUUCAAUUCGCAAAAGCAAAACCGGUGAUUGUGACGAAAUUUGAGAGUGUGCAAUAAUCUAGUGCCAUUCAAAUUGUGCAAUAUUCAUACAUGUUAAAUGAAUGAGAGACGAACAAAGCAAAUAUAUGGGGAAGCGUAGAAAUGGUGGUGGAAAUUAUUCGUGUGUCUGUGUGUAUGUGUUGACCGAUUUCAUCACCAUCAGAGACUAUCGGAUUGCAUGAAAGAAAUUGUACUCUAUUGACUCAUGACAUGACCUAUUUGAGUAGGUAUAGAAAUAGUCUCCCGAAAUGUCGACGUGUCAAUAAUUUCGAAUAGUAUGGCCGUUAAACUGUCACUAGUUCAAUUCUAGUUCCAUAGACAAGUGGUAAUCUUUUUAUAAAUUGUUAUAAGCGACUAGAAUUAUGCGAUUCGAUAUAAUAUAUAAUUUACCUUAAAGCCAGCGUGCCAAUGAUCACUGAGGGUCACUCAUAGAAAGACGUUAAAGACUUUGUAAGUUCUAUUACAGUUGAUACAUCAUUUUGAAAUAUUUAAGUGUAAAAUCACACAGGAAGCGGUUAGAAGAGCCUUGUGGACGGGGCAGGCGCGCCACAGCCACAGUGUGAGCAAAUGCUCAUAACUUGACCAACAAUCGGUUCUGAUUGCGUCGUUACCUCGGGUGUGAGCCCUAAUCGGUUCGAUUGCUCGAUGUCGCGUCGUUUGUUUGGCUAUUAUCUAGUAGGCGGAAGUGGGGGGGGGGGGGGGGGGGGGGGUCAGACAGCAAAACGUACUGACAAGCUUUGCAUUGAUCAUCAGAAAGAUUAUCACUUGCUUAUGGUACUCGGUGGUCAGUGAGGUCCGCGGCCAUCGCAUUAUGAACAGGGUUAUUGGAAGUCGGAGGGAGAAUUGAGUUCGGUGCGGGCGAAUAUAUGCGCACUCGGAAAAAAAUAUGAUCUGCCUGUUGGUAAUGAGAGAUGUUGCAGCCAAAAUUCUGACCCUCUCAUUAUUAAAGGAAGAAUAAGCUUGGAUUAGUUAUUCCAUGUUUUCUCUUUCUAUUCAAUGACUAAUGGCAUUUGAGUGAAUCGAACAUACACGGCGUAACUAGUCUUAAGUUUAUUCCUUGUUUAUUAAUAAGGGGGCGAAAGUCAGCCUUAAGCCAGAAACAUAUUAACGUGUUGUGUCGUGUCGUGGCGCGCCAGAAGCACAUCGGUUUCAUACAUUUACUAUGGUUAGAGACAUAUUUACGUAUCGUGUCGUGUCGACGCUUUAACCUCUCUAUCUCUCUCUAACCCAUAAUAAAUGUAUGAAACCGAUGCGCCACGUCACGCCACGACACGUUAAUAUGUUUCUGGCUUUAAUGAUUCGUGUCUCAACAGUGGCUAGAUUAAUGGGUUUACGAUGUUUAAGAGAUUUUGGUCUUGAAGUAGCAGACCAUGAAUUUGUUCGAGAGUGCGUAUGUCAGAGAGUCUGUUCCGAGCUCUUAACGGAUUAGGUGUAGUGUAGACUAGCGAUAGUGGUAACCUCUUAGGGCGUUCGUGCGUAGUGGUAAGGUUGCGAAUCGACGAUUGAAACGUCGCGUCAUUUAAAAGCGUGUUUAUGGUUUUAUUGUCUUUGAAAGGACACCCGGUAUUUUGUGCCAAAGUUGUAUACUUUUUAAUUUUUUUUUAUCUGUGUUUCAUAAUUGGGUAACGUAGUCUGGCAAUAUUUGUCAUCAGCAUCUAGCUGUCAAUGUCAAAUACGUAGGUUUGUCAUCAAAAGGGUUUCUAUAUCAAUAAAUAUUAAUCAUUAAAUAACUUCUUUCGACGAUUCACUAAAAAUAAGGCAAAAGUAGUUUUAUGUAGCAAAUAAUUUUGGCUUUAUUUUGAGACCAAAUUCAACUGUAUACAAGUUUAGCAUUUUUUCUAUGAAAAGUGCCGGGUCUCCUUUGAUAAUGGUACUUCUAACCGUCCCCGCCGGUAAUGCAAUGGUUGAGACCGUAAAAUGUUUUAUUUGGAGACGUAAAUAUGUAAUCAAAGUUAUGGUUCUGAAAACUGAAAUGGAGACAGAUCUCUUUAGUUUUAUCAGAGGAGACCUUUUUGAAUAAUAUUGAAACGUAAAGUGCCACUGUAUAAAUACAUCUUUCGUAAUAGCAACAGAGUCCAUUGUCGCUCGCGCGACCGUUUAGUGAACCUUAGGCUCGGAUGUGUGUAACGUUAUUUAACUAUUAUUUCCUUAAAUUAGACUAACUAACGUGCUCUUAAAAAUUUGUUUAUCGUAAAUUUAGCGAGAGUUAAGAUAGUUUUAACGCGGCGUGCCGGCGCCGGCGCUAUCGCGGCGCGCGCCCAUGUUGCUUUAUUUAUAUAGGUCCGUUCUAACUUAAUUAAGACUUACAGGUCGCGGCGCGUAACUCUAGCGCUGAACAAAACUCGUCAGGGAUAGCUGCGCUUGCGCAUGGGUACGACUGGAAAGACAAUCGGCGCAGGGCAUGACCACCUUAGAUUAAAACAAAAAGGGAAGAUACGGCAUUCGCGGCUCAAAAGUGAUCCGCUUAAAUUGUGGUCCACGACCAUAAUUCGCUUUAGUCACAAUUUGACAUUCAAACACGCUGCAUGUACACUCAAUAUAACAAUAUGACGUAUAUUCUGUGUUAUGAAGAUGUAACAAUGGCUUCGAUGCUUUAUAAAGAACGCAGUUCAAAAUCAAAUGCCCCGGCAACACUUUUCAUCUGUAAAACUGUGAAAACAUUUUUUUCUCAAAAAUCACGGUUUGUCGUGAAUAUUAUUUACGUAAUCGCCAUUUUGUAAGCAAGAAAAGGACAACAACACGCUGCGUUGAAGCGUAUAGUUCUGUCUCGCUCGCUCGAUUGAUGUUUAUAUACAGACGUGUGCGUGGCGAGAGUUGCUUAUGUAGUUGAGUCGGAUCAUAUUUUAUUUGAUGCUAGUAUGAGCGUACCGUAUCUACCCUUUUUGUGUUAAUCUAAGAUGGCCACCCGCGCACCUCGUUUCCCUACAACACAUCGUCUUCGCUAGAGUUUCGUGCCGCGAAUUAUAAUAAUAGCGCGCAGAUGUUAUAUUUUAUAGUGGAGACCGCUCGCGGCUCUUAUUUUUGUACCGAUCGCUGCGAAUCUCUCUCGUGAGAUCGACAAUCGACGAAGCCGUUAUACUUUAAAAUUUUCCAGUAAAUCCCAUUUUGUAACGAACAGUCUACGUAGGCCAAAUUUCACUGUGCAACUUUGGUUAAGAAGUAUAGCCUUAUUCGUAAACUUAAUUCGAGGAGCUUGUUAAGUAUAACGUGCUUAGUGUCCCGGGCCCCGGGGCGGCCCCACCCUAUUACUUUAUUACGACGGUGAUAUUGUUAACAUGGUUUUAUAAAUUUAUUUUUGAGGUUUUACUGUAUUUGUAGAAUACUAAUGGUAGACGUAGUUUGCACAAAGGCUGUCCCGGGGUCCGCACGCGUACCAAAUAUCAGGCAAUAAUGUCAUCGUGUGAGUGUCGUGUGUGUGCGUAUAGCAAGUACAAAGGAGCGUUCGGUAAUACAUAGUAAUGUUAACUUUAACACGGUGGGCGCCAAUUUGAUGAGCGGAGAUCAACUCUGCCUCGGUUUGAAUUGUUAUAAAUAAAUAAUGAUUAUAUCAAUAAAUUUUUUAUUGUAAACCAAA